AUGGAAACUCAACAUCCGCAGUACCUCGAACCCAGUGAAUUGGGGACGAAGGAGUACUGGGAAACAUAUUACGAACGAUCCUUAGAACACAUCGCAUCAAAGACAAGAACAAAACCCGAGAACAGCACCACUACCACCAAUACUACAGAAGGGGAUGAUAACGAACAUGACGAAGAAGAAGACGAUGACGAUGACCCAGGUACAUCCUGGUUCUCCGAGCACGACGCGCCCCAGAAGAUCCUUCGCUUUUUGACGUCGCGCAAAUUCCCACUGUCGCCGAGAAACGUUCACCGGAAAAAGGGUGCAGAGCCAAGUAUAUUAGAUUUGGGGACUGGGAAUGGGAGUAUGUUGGCUCUGUUACGGAAGCGUGGAGGAUUUGGGGGGAUGAUGGUUGGUGUUGAUUAUUCGGAGCAGAGUGUUAGGUUGGCGAGAGAGUUGCAGCGGUUGAGGUUGCAUAGUGCUUAUGAGUCUGGUGAUGAUUCUGAUGAUGAUGAUGACGACUAUGAUGAGGAGGAUGAUGAAGAAGAAGCAGCCGAAGAAGAAGAGGUGGAGGAGGAGAGUGUCGUCGUGGCGUCUUCUGCAGGUAAUGCGGCCGAUGAUACCGUACAAUGCGAAGAAGGCAUCCCGCUGAAAAACCAAGACAUCCAAUUCGAAGAAUGGGACAUUCUCGACCCCGCCAACGAGACGAUACUCGAAAUCAACACUACAAAGAAAUUGUCCUGGUUCCCAUACGAAUCGCAAGGCUUCGAUAUUGUCCUUGACAAAGGCACCUUUGACGCCAUCUCCCUAUCCGACGAAACCACUGCAUCAGCCAACACGCACAUAUGCCAUCAAUACCCCGUCGUUGCGAGCAAACUCAUUCGGCCAGGCGGAUACCUGAUUGUGACGAGCUGUAACUGGACUGAAGAUGAAUUGGUGCAUUGGUUCACCACCGCCACGAAAACGACGGAGUUGGAGGUGUGGCAUAGACUGGAGUAUCCGCGGUUCAGGUUUGGUGGUAUGGAAGGGCAGGGUGUUUGUACGGUGUGUUUUAGGAGAAAAGAAUGA